CUAUCCCACUCUUCCCCUUAUCAAGACAAGAUGGCUAAGAAGACCCAGAGAAAGCUCACCUCCACGGAGCGCAAACAGAGACGUGACAAGGAGCAGAACACGUUGCAGAAGUUGAAGGAUGACAUCGAGGCGUUCGAUCUCGACUCCGCCGUGACGCAGUUCUCGGAAUUGCCGAUUUCUGAGCCGACUCUCAAGGGGUUGAAGGAAGCCAGUUUCGUGCAGUUGACAGACAUUCAGAAGAAAACGAUCCCGUUAGCGUUGAAAGGCCACGAUGUGUUAGGAGCUGCGCGUACCGGGUCCGGAAAGACGCUUUCGUUCAUCAUUCCCGUAAUUGAGUCCUUGUUACAGAACAAAUUCACAGAAUUUGAUGGGCUAGGGGCAUUGAUCAUCUCGCCAACCAGAGAAUUGGCGAUGCAGAUCUUCGAGGUCUUGACCAAGGUCGGGAAGCACAACAACUUUUCCGCCGGGUUAGUCAUCGGUGGGAAGGACGUGAAGUACGAGAAGGAGCGAAUCGCCAAGAUUAACAUUUUGAUCGGGACGCCCGGCAGAAUUCUCCACCACAUGGACCAGACCGUUGGGAUGAACUUGGAUAACUUGCAGAUGCUUGUGCUUGACGAGGCUGACAGGAUCUUGGACAUGGGGUUCAAAAAGACGAUCGACUCGAUUAUCGAGAACAUUCCGCCAACCAGGCAGACGCUUUUGUUCUCAGCCACCCAGACCAAGUCGGUCGGAGACCUCGCAAGAUUGUCGCUCACCAACCCGAAGUACGUGGAUACCGAGGACAAGAAGGACACGGCUACGCCGGAUUCCCUCGAGCAGCACUACCUCUCGCUUCCCUUGGACGAAAAACUCGACACCUUAUGGUCGUUUAUCAAGACUCACUUAAAGAGCAAGAUCUUGGUCUUUUUUUCGUCGUCCAAGGAAGUACACUACGUGUACGAGACGUUCAGGACGAUGCAGCCGGGUAUCUCGUUGAUGAAGUUGCACGGGAGACAGAAACAGACGUCGAGAAUUGAAACCACGGUCAAGUUUUCCCAGGCCCAGCACGUGUGCUUGUUUGCGACCGACGUCGUGGCCAGGGGCUUGGACUUUCCUGCGAUCGAUUGGGUCGUUCAGGUGGACUGUCCGGAGGAUUCCGCCACCUACAUCCACCGGGUGGGGAGAUGUGCCCGGUUCGGCCGUGCGGGCAAGUCAUUGAUCUUUUUGGUUCCGUCCGAGGAAGAGGCGUUCCUCAAGCGCUUGCAGGCGGCGAAAAUCGAACUCAACCGGUUGAACAUCAAAGAGGCGAAGAAGAAGUCGAUCCGAAGCAAGUUGCAGGCAUUGUGUUUCUCCAGUCCAGAGAUUAAGUAUCUCGGCCAAAAGGCGUUCAUUUCGUACAUGCGCUCGGUCUAUGUGCAGAAGGACAAGGAGGUUUUCAACAUUGAGGAGCUUCCGACGGAGAAAUAUGCCCAGUCAUUGGGGUUGCCGGGCGCGCCGAAGAUCAAGAUGCUCGGGGGAAGCAAGAACAAGGAAAUGAAAAACGCAUCCAGACAGUUGUUGGCGUUGUCUAAGGCCAACGACGAGGGCGAGAUGGAGGAAGAAGAUGGUAAGGUUAGAACCAAAUACGACCGUAUGUUUGAGCGUCAGAAUCAAAAUGUCCUUUCCGAGCACUAUUUGACCUUGACGGGGAACAAGCCAGAGGGAGAGACUCUGGACGUGGAGGACGCUGACGGCGGGUUCAUGAAGGUGAAGCGCACAGAUCACGAGUUGAAGGAGGAGGAGUUGCCCGAAUUGAUGGCGCCCACCUCUAAAAGAGCUGCCAAGAAGGGAUUGUCCAAGAAGGCAUCAUUAAAGGCCCACGGCAACCCCACCAAGUUAGUCUUUGACGACGAGGGGGUCGCGCACGCGAUCUACGAAUUGGAAGACAUGGAUGACUUUGAAAAGCGAGGGGACGCUAAGACCCAGAAGGAGCAGUUUGUAGCGCAGGAGGCCAAGGAAAUGGCCGUGGCGGAUGAGGAUGAUAAGGCCCUUGCCAAGGAGAAGAAGCAGGAGAAAAAGAGAAAGAGACAAGAGGCCGAGAGAAGAGCCAAUGAAAGCAGUGACGAGAGCGGUGACGAGAGUGGUAAUGAGUCAAUGGUACUGGGAAGUCCAGAGGCCGAUUUGGACCGCGACUUGGAAUCUAGCGAUGAAAGUGACGAGGAGCCGUCUGCCAAGAAGCCAAAGUGGUUUGAAAACGACAAGGUUGGCGGGACCUAUAACCAGGCCGAUGACGUGUACGAGAUCGAGGAGCCAGAAACCUUGGAGGACUUGGAAGCCUUGUCUGCAAGAUUGUUGCAGGGUUAGAGUGUGUACUGUGUAUCAUAGACGAU